UGUACAGUGAAGAAGCGUCCGAGAAAAGUUCGAUAUACUGUGUGUGUUUUUUAAUAUUCCCUAUUCUAAAAUUAAACAAUUAAUUCUAAUUGAAAACUACCAAAAACUUGAGAUAAUUGAAUCGCGAAAAAAUGUGAGUUGGUGAAGUGUUAAUAAAUGUAAGAUUAAUAUUACUUAGAAAGAAAAUUUUCUUGGGCAAAAUUUUCAUUCAAUUAUAUUUUGCGAAAGAAAGAACAAAGUGUAUUGGAUAAAUAUACGGUUGACUGUUAAAAAGAAAAGCGAAAAGUGAAAGCAUACAAGAGAACGUGCAUCCUGAAACUAUCUCCAUGAAUAGUAUAUUAUAAAAAAAAAAACAAAACAGCUUUGCGAAUUUUUUAUUAAUCAAAGCCGCGAAAGCAAAAAUGUUCGUACACGCGUGUUAUCAUGUAAAGAUCAGGAGCUGAAGAGCCUUUUCACACAAGUUGAGAUUACCGCAACUUUGUUUGUGUAUAACAAAUUGAAUUUGUGUCCAAUCGGUCAACAACUUUCAAUUGAAAGAACAGUCUUUGCUUUAAAUAUUAUUUUUACUCCACGUUUUGCCUGAUAUAAACGGACAUGGAGUUCGAGGAGCUUGAAGGUAUAGCCAAAACGGACUUUGUUCCACUCAUGCCGCUUAUAAAGCAGGAACAAAUUGAUACUGCCAUACCAGAGACGGCGGCAUCAGAACAACUUACCGGCAAUGCUGCCACAGCGACUACCUCUUCUUUUUCAGCUUCAUCAUUUGGGAAUCCCUGCGAUAGCGCUGAGAAGCGGUCGGAGUCGUCAUCAUCAGCUUCCACAAAAUUUGCCCUACUCAAAUGUGUAUGGUGCAGUCAAUUACUGAGCAUCAAUGAUCGCCCCAAACUCUUGGAAUGUCUGCAUGUUUCCUGCUCACAAUGUGUGAAUACCAAAUUCUCUGAGCUCGAUCGCACCAUGCCGCCACUUAUACAUUGCCCCGUUUGUAAUAUGGCCUCACAGAAUGAGUUUAUCAUUGAUAAUCAAUUUUUGAUCGAACAAUGUACAGCCGCUGGUGAUAAUAGUUUGGCCGAUGGCAAUUCCACAGAUGCAUCCAAAGCGACCGUUACAGCCAAUAUAACCUGUAGCAGUUGUUCGGAUAAUGCUAUAGCGACGUCAUGGUGUGUCGAUUGUUCCGAAUAUAUCUGUGACAGUUGUGUGCAGGCGCAUCAACGUCUUAAAAUCACCAAGGAUCACACAAUUAAGCCAAAGGAGGAAGCCAAUAAUGAACAAUUGCCUGGUGCUGCUGGUAUAGAUAAGCUACACAUGUGUCAUCUACAUCCGCAAGAGAAACUGUCGCUGUUCUGUGAGACGUGCGACAAGUUAACAUGUCGUGAUUGUCAGCUCAGCGAUCAUCGCGAUCACAAAUAUAAGUUUGCGCAUGAAAUUGCCACGGAGACGCGUCAAGCGUUAAAAACGCUCGUCUCGGAAAUCAACUAUAAGCGCUUCCUGCUCUCAUCUGCCACAAAAGUGAUUGAUGAUCGACAAAAGCAAAUUGCCGAUCGUAAGAAGGAUCUUAUUAAGGAGAUCACUGCAAUGGUGGUGAAGAUCACAAAUACAGUUAAUAUGCGUGGCAAGCAAUUGGCUAUGCGUCUGAAUGAAGUAUGCGAUACAAAAAUGAAGGUUUUGAUCGAGAAGAAGGACGCGUUGCAGUUGCUAUCCGACAACACCGAUCACUGCAUCGAGUUUAUGGAGAACGCUAUGGAGAAGGGCAGCGAUUAUGCGAUUUUGUCGAGUAAAAAAUCCUUGGUGCGACAUUUGCAGAAACUGAAGUGUCAACGAGCAGACAUACCAAAUCCAGAAAUCCCUGUGCGUAUCCAAGUACAGUUAAAUCAAGUCUCUGAACUGCAAAAAGUUAUUUCUCAACUCGGCACUGUUAUUGUGGACGGUAAACCAUAUCCACCAGCACCAUCCACCAAUGGACCUCCACGCCAGCAGCCAAGUCCUAAUAUGGCGCCACCAUUACGACCAGGUCUUCCACCAGGUAUGCCCGCUGGCAUGUCUCCUACUGGACCACCAAGCGGAUAUGGACCUCAGAAUGGACCGCCAAUAUACAAUAACAGUUCUUCGGCACAACAACAAUUUAACAACAUGCAAAUGAAUCGAAACUAUGCUGCCGAAGGCGCAGGUAAGGUUCGCUUCGGCGCAAUGCCACCGGGUAUGCAACGUCAAGGUCAGCCACAUGUUAGUUCCUCAACACAUCCUCAAAAUAUGGACAUGAGCUUGCGUGGCCUUCUAAAUAAUCAAGCAGCUCAGAGUUCCAAUCAAGCUCAUAUAUCAUUUAAUGGUCCACCGAAUUAUCCCGGUGGCCCACAAGGCGCAGCUUCACCACACCAGCAAAUGAAUACCCAAAUGAGGCCGCAUUUUAUGGGCGGUCCUCCAGGCCAACAACAUCAGAAUUAUCCGCAGAAUACGCCUGGUGGACCGAAUAACCCGAAUUAUAUAAACAAUACUGCGCGCUUCCAGAACUAUCAACGCAUGUCGAGUCACGCGCAACAGCAGGCCGCAGUAGCGGCCAUGUCAAGCGCGGGCGGUCCUGGUGGUCCAUGCGGCAGCCAAAUACCGUCACCAAACCCCAUGCAGCGACCGCAAAUAAUGCCCAAUCCCAUGCAGAAUAACCUGGGGUUUCAUGGGAGUCAGCCUGGCUUCAGUCCCGGGCCGCCACAAACCGCGCCACAAAUGAACAGUAGCUUGAGCAGUAUGCACAGCAUGGCCAAAUGGCACAUACCUCAAUCAGCGCAACAGACAAACGCUUGCCCACAACAAGGUCCUCUAAUGCAGUUUGCCAACGGCCGUCAAACAGAGAACUUUAAAAUUUCCUUAAAAUCUCCAAAUACUCUAAAGAAUACCACACCAAAUGGCAGCUCGUCGGCACAUAGUAUGCAAGGCAAUAGUGCGUCUAGCUUACAUGCAGCUUCGCUUGGGCUCGGACCAGCUGUUUCCAUCUUACCUAAUGUCACAUCAACCAAUCCAAAGACGCCGAGCCCGAGCACUAACGAGAACGCAAAAGAUUUCACUGAACCGAUUGACAAGGUCCGUGACGAUUCCAUAAACGAUCUAAUAGCUACGAUUGCCAAAUUGGAUUCGAAUGGUGUUCAGGUGCUGCCGGAGGGACGUACCAAAACCACAUCGCCGCAAGUGCACAGCUCAACAGACCUAUCCAAUACUCAAGAAGUUAAUACUAAAAAUGAUCAAAAAGACGACCCGAACGAAGAUUGGUGUGCCGUUUGCCUUGACGGUGGAGAGCUCAUGUGCUGCGACAAGUGCCCGAAAGUAUUCCAUCAGAAUUGUCACAUACCCGCCAUCAGUUCGUUGCCGGACGAAAGCGAAAGUUGGCAAUGUCUAUUGUGCGUUAACCUCAAAGAGCUGGCUAAUAACACCGACAACACACAGAAAGCUCCUGGCGAAUUAAGUCGGCUGGAAUUGCAGAUCAUGCAACGCAUUUGUCUCGAAUUGUAUUGCCAGUACGAACAAAGUUUACAUUUCCGCGAGCCGGAGCCGCCUACCAAUACAGCCUACUAUGAAAUUAUUUGCAAUCCCAUGUCUUUGGAUGUUAUACGCACAAGAUUGGACCCGACCAGCCCAAAUCAUUAUAAGGAUAUCGCUGGCUUUGUAUCAGAUGUGCGUUUAAUAUUUAAGAACACUUAUCUCUUCUAUCAAGAGGACUCAAAAACAUUCACAAAUGCAAAAUAUUUGGAGAACUUUUUCGAGGAACAAUUAUCCAAGUGGCUGCCAAACUUCGCCAGCAAGACAAAUUCAAACAUAACCAAUGGCAGUGCCAAUACAAACAGCAACAAUGCCGCCAGUAUCAGCAAUAAUAGUGCUUCCACAUCGUCUGCAGCUUCGCCAGGUCUCAUGAAUCUAGCGACCGGCCCCUCGGCUUCACCCGGUGUUAUUGCAGCUAUGGAGAAUGGUAGAAAGAGUUGCAUUGCAGAAUUCCGGCUGGACGAUGACUCAUGCAUUCCGGCGAAACGAUCUCGGAAACUAACCGAAUAGGAUAAAUUUAAUCAGCUACUUAACAGCAUGCUAGCAACAAUCAACAAUGGCAAUGAAAGCGAGGAAUUGCUCGCGCUGCUCAGCCUAUGUUGCCCACCACAGACGCAGCCGAAUCUACUUUUCUAAUGGCCAGUCAUAAGGGCGAAAUGUGAUGACAAAAACAAGGACUUUCAAAAUUGUUAACGCAAAUGCACAAAAGUAUUGAAAAGAUGCGCAGAAAAAAACUUGAAAAAAAGCUAAGCCUAAAUAUGUGCAAGAUAAACAAAACACAUGCAAAACCACAGCAAAAUAAUAAAUAUUUUCUUGUUUGGCUUUUUAACCUCAAAAUACGUAUCGUUGCUGAGCGAUUUAGUGCAGAGCAGAUUGUACUCAUUUAGCAUAAUAUUUACAAAGAUUUUAUUGGCAUCAUCGAAUUUACACAAAAUAAUGUCACUGCGCACGCGCACUGCGUAAUGGUAAGCUGGGUUCUGAAACCAUACCGAAUUGACAUUGAGAAGCUUCCUCGUACUAUUGACAACAAUAAACCUUUGAUAAUACUUUGAAGAAAACCACUAAAUGUUUAAGUAUAGACAUUAUUUGAAAGACAUCGUUUUGAAAUUAACUAAUACUAAUACAUGUUGUAAAUUUAAUUAGAUUACUAAAAGUAAAAACAAAAAAAGAAAAACUUUUGAAAAAAAAAAAAAAAAAACACAUACACACACACUAUAGUAGUUAAUACUGUUUACAAAAAUAAAAUACACUUAUUAAUAAUAUACAUAUAAACAAAAGCUGCACCCUAAAAUAAUUUUAAGAAUGUGAAGAACAAAGAAUAAACACAUCUUAAUUGUAUAGAAAAAAAAAUCACAAAUAACUAUACAUUAGUUGCGCACGUCAUACGCAUACUCAAUUGUAAAUAAAAAAAAAUAUAUAUAUAUAAAUUACCAAAACAUACUAACGAACUUGGAAUCAAAAACAAAAGCAAACAAUGCAAUAUACCUACAUAUUAACAAAUAUUUCUAUAGAAACAAAACAACCAUCAACGAAAUGCCACACCAUGCCACUAAUAUAUGUUCAUAUGUAACCGUUACAUUUUGAAAGUGCAGCAAUUGCGUGAGAAUAAUUAACACUUAUCUUAUUAUAACUAAGCAAAAUUGUAAAAAAGACAAUUGUUUAAUUACCGCAGGAGACUAAAUUACCAAAACUUAUUAAAUUUAUGUACUAAAACGGGCAUUAUGACGUCGCUGCGGAACGAUUACAAAAAAAAACAUAAAACAUGGAAUUAGCAAAGUCCAAUUCCCUGCACAUCAUUUGAUUCGUAACUUAAGUAUCGUACAUGACAUUGAGACAGGCCAAUUUUUCCACCAUAUCGCUACUAUCAAACAUAUUUUUCAGUAAAUUAGCACAUAAAAUGUGUUUGAAAAGCUAAGCUGUUAUGCAGCUGACGUUACUCAUGACAUUUCAACCCGCGUCAUAUAUGAUUUUUGCAGUUUGACAUUGCGCUUUUUCAUUAUACCCACAUACAUAAAGCCAGAAACGGUUUUCCAUAUUUGGCAGCUUUUCGAUAAAUCGUAAGUUUGUGAUAAAUUAAAACAUUAGAAGAACGAAAUAGAAAAAAUAUGGAAAAGUAAAGUUCGCUGAAAUGAACAUUUCAGUGCUUAUAGUAUACAUAUAUAUAGUAAAACUGAUUUCUGUCUGCAUUGCGCACGUGCAAAUUCUUGCACUAUAUUUAUACGAGCCUAUAUCUUUAUUUCUGCAACCGCAACUAUACUAAAUAGACUAUGGCAGUGCAAAGCCACAAAUUAUAUAAAUUAUAAAUAUAAAUAAAAGCAUAGCGUAGAAUUAUUGUAAUUAAACUCCUCAUACCAAGUAUUUAACAUGUAAACAAGUUAGCCUAAGACACAAGUUUGGUAAACUACUCCAAAUAACCAAGUUAAAGUAGAACCAUAAUAUUGCUAUAAAAAAGUAUUUAACAUAAUAUAAAAUAGUAUUUUAAUGUCCACUCAGACUUUAUUUUCGCUUUUGAUAUAUUUAGUAUACAUAGCUAUACAUAACUGCUGUCCAGUUCAUCAUGACCACUAUAUAGACACAAGAACGCAUACUAAAAUAUAAUUCAAAUUAAAUAGCAGUGAAACUCAAAUGCGUGUUAUUUAAGAAUUUUAUUUAAUAUUUUAUGCAAAUUGUACAUGCCAGUAGUUUUCUCAUUAUUAUUAUUAUUAUUAUUACUAUUAUUUUUGUUUUUGCUAUUUAAGACUAUAGUUUACACUCACUAAUAAACAUAACACGAUCAAAUACCGAAUAUGCAUAAUUAAGCACACAUACACAAACAUGUAAUGUCCGAAGGGAAGACCUUUACAAUACAAAAUUGCUGUCAAAUUAUGAGACAAGCUAAUGGAAGGCUUAUUAAUUUGUGUGCAGCAAUUUGUAGCAACUUCAAUUCGUCGUAAUUGCAUGAGUACAUACAUACAUACCUAUCAUGCAAAUUUAUUAAGUACAUUUACAUAAUGAUUUUAUAUAAGCAUUCUCUAGCACCUUACCCCAAAAACACACACACACAUACACAUACAAUAUGUAUGUAUAAAUACAUGUUAAUGUAUUUGUGCAGUUGAUUAACUAAACUUUGUAGAUUUUAUCGUAGAUAUAGGUUAACCUAUAAUUUAUAAACAUUGGCAAAGUAGUGAUGCUAAUGAGAAGCGAAGUGUUGAUUACUAUGAUGAGAAGAUGGUGGUCUAGUUUAGGCAAUACAUAUGCAUGCAUAUGUUUGUGUGCGUAUGCAUGUGAGAUAUGUUAUGAAAUCUAAUGUCUACUGCACUAUUUCUAAGCAAAAAGAUAUGAAUUAAUAAACAACUGAAUAUUUAAUGUAAAACAAUAA